AUGAUCCUACGGAUGUUCAUUGUCGCUUUUGGCUUUCUAUUCAUCGCAUGUUUAAGCGUAACUUUGGGAUCGUCAGAAGAUCGUGCGUGUAAUUGUAUAGAGGAUCCACCUCAAAAGAAUAUCCAACCACUUGUCUUUUGUAAUUGGUACAAUGCUAAGAGUUGCUGUCUAUCAGCACACGAUGCAGACAUCAACGGCAAAUUUCUUGGACUCAUUGAAGCCGGACCAGCAUGCAAAAAGUAUCAGAAUAAAGCUAAACGCUUUCUUUCUUUUGUCUUUUGCUAUGCAUGUGAUCCUGAAGAACCUACACACUUUACGACACCAUUGGAUACCCAGUUCUUCACUUCAAGCAUGAAGACUGUGAAAAUAUGUGCUAGUGUGGCUUUAAAAAUCAAACCAAAGUUCUUCUCGGACUGCGGUUUACUGCUACCUGAAAAUCGUGAGUCAAUUUGCUCGUCAAAUUCUCCUAUCGUUCCACAUAAAGUAUGGACUGGUUGUGAAGAUCAACAGCAUAUUUGUCAGGAUCACACGACGUCCACUUGGUAUUGCUCCAAUUCAGUCUGUGGCGCUGCACACACUCCAAUUGGAUUUAAUGACGUGCCUUGUAAUACUUCAAGACAUACGUGUGAUGGCGUCCUCAUGUUUCUGAAUGAUAAUCGCGCAGCUAAACCCCCCAAUUAUGAAGAAUAUGCCGUCGAAAUAGUUGAUGAACAGCUUUGCAAGAAGGAACUUGGCGAAGAGGAAGGAUCGAUGAGAUGCAAAUGCUUUCUGCAUGCUUGUGAUUCUAUAUGCAGCAGUCGACUUAUAAGAAAACGUUCUAAAUGGAUACUUCUACCUGAUUUUUAA